ACAUUUUUCAACUUUCAACUUUUCAAUUGGAUUUAGAAUUCUCAUCAUCAGACCGUUUGGAGAAUAUCCACAGAAUAUUCCUCGAACGUUUCUUAUUGUGACGUAUGUUUAUAACAAAUUGCGACAAUGCCAUCGGAUAUUUACAAAAUUGAUGUUAUCCACUUCCUAAAUCCCUACUUUAUAUGGGUCGAAGUAUUUGACUCAGAAGAGGAGAAGAAAGCGUUAGAACAAAUCGGUAUAUACGGCCUUCAAGCGCAUGAAAUUACCAUUGAUUUAGAGAGAAAUGAACUGGUAGACAUGCCCUGCCGGGAAUGGGCGCCGGCGACAGCAAACUUGAUGCAUGAAUUCUUUCUGAGUGCUAGAGAGACGUGGUUUAGCCCAACUUAUAUUGAUAGAAGGACCUCGAUUUUCAAGGACAACAUCCACAAAUAUGGUGAAGUAGUAAUCAAAACCCAUGAAGGGGAAUUGAAAAAGCUGUCCGAAUGGUUAGUAACAACAGGUUUCGCUCAAUUAAAUGACUCUGAUUUUCACAAACAACUAGCAGCUGGAAAAAUACAGUUAAAUCUCAAUGAAAAUCAGAUAGAAAACAUUUAUUCCUUCAUCGAAUCGCACUAUUCCAAAGAGGGACAGCAUAUAUGUAGAAAGAAAAGUAUCUCGUCAUGCCAUGAUUCUAUAAUUGAAGAUGCCUUGUCAGAAAUGAGCAAUAAUAAAUACCAAAAAGUUCUUAGUUUCAUGAAGAAUAAAAAAACCAUAGAGGCUAUAGACAACGAAGAAGAGUCUAUGGGUAGAGCGUGUCGCAGAUUAAAAAUUAAUGAUGAUAAUAAGCCUCCAUAUAACGCUAUUAAGAAUUAUUUCGAUAAACUGUCUAGUUCUAAAAGUUCUGGGUCGGAUGUCUCGUUUUGUAGCGAAAAAAAUAAAUCUAAGAAAGAUGUGGUGGGCUUACCAGAAAAACAAGAGAAAAAGCAAGAAGAAGUCACAAAAGAAAUGAAAAACCAGCCAAUGACAGCUAUGCAAAAAAGAUUUCAUAUUUUGAAAAACCUUUCACAUAAAACAGCAAUUAAAAACGAGACUGGAAAUUUGGCUCUGGCUGAUAUAAACAAAAAUAUAAAUGCAUCUUCAGAUAUUCUGAAUAAUGUUACUUCAGCUGAGAAUGAAGUAAUAACAAAAUCAGGAGACAUGGAGAAAUCUAAUGAGGAAGCUUCUGCCAGUGGCAAAAUUAUGAAUGAAGACAAUUUAAAUAAAGACUUACUUUCAAAUAAAGAAGAUAAGAACAUUGAGAAGAAACAAGCACCUAUAACAGCGUUACAAAGGAAACAAAUUUAUAUGAAGCUUGUUAAAACUGCAGCAAAUAACGAUUCUUCAAACAAAGGUACAUUAUCCGAUGAUGAAUUCAAUGAUAUUAUAGAAAAAAUAAACACUGCAUAUCCAAAAAACGAUAACAAGAAACUAGUCAAAGAAAUAAACAAUGACACAAAUAAUUUAGAAUUAGAUAAUAGUAAUGAAAACAUAGGCACUUAUAUGUGUAAUUUUGUUGAAAAAUUAGUCACACCUGUAGUUAUGGUUCAUACGAAAUUUAAUAAAAUUAUAAAACCAGUUUAUACAAUGCGAGAUAUACCAUUCAAUCAACAUAUUCAUAUUGUUCUUAAAAAUAUGUCGGUAAAACUUCCUAUGGACUUGCAAUCUAUUUCUUGGUAUACCAUUUUAAGGGGUCAUAGUAUUUUCAUGAUUAGUCCCAAAAAUAGUGGAAAGACUAUGGGAUAUUUGCCUAGUAUUUGCCGUUUGGUUAGCGAUGGUACUCCAGAAAUGGAUAGUUGUGGUCCUAUAUGUAUAAUUGUUUGUGCUACAGCAGAAUCUGUGUCUGUAGUUGAGAGAAUUGCUAAAAUGUUGCUUGGUUUACAUGAAAAAGUGUUAGCUUGCUACGCUGGGGUCGAUGAACUAUUCAUAACGACUUCACUUUUAAAUAGAUGCGAUUUGCUUAUAUGUACUCCACCCGCGUUAGUACGAAUUCUACAAGACAGGGAUUGUGGGGUGGAUUUAAGACGUCUCAGGGCUUUUGUGCUUGACGAUUGUGAACGUCUCGAUCAAGUUUAUAGACAGGAAGUGAAAUUUUUCCACUACAAAAUUAGGGAACUCGAAAAAACGAGGGCUAAUAAGGAAUUGAAAGUUCAGUAUAUCGUAGCUUCGAGAAUAUGGUGUGAUUUUAUGGAGUCGUUAGCGAAAAAAGCUCCCGAUUCUGUUAUAAGCAUUGGAUCGUUCUCGGAAUGUGUUCUGUAUUCAAAAGCGAAUAUGUCGGUCAGUUUUGUCGGUAAAGAUAAAAAAGCUAAUUCAGUUAUUGAGUUCUUAAAUGACACAGAUAGUUCCAAAAAGGUUGUUAUAGUGUGUCGGUAUAACGAUGAUGUUGCGAUUCUGGAAAAGGAAUUGAAAUUCCUCGAUCGAUACAUUUUUGUCGGUCAUAAUGAUUUAACUGUGACCGAAAUGUAUAACUUAAGUUCUGCAUGGAGAGAUUACAAAGUUCCAAUACUAGGUCCUAUUCUUAUUUGCACGGACGAUAGUUUGUCACAUUUAAACUUAACAGACGCUAAUUAUCUCGUACACUAUUCGUUACCAAAUUCGUUUUCCUCGUUCCGGAAACGGUUUGCCGUAUUGAAUGAUAAUUACCCAUCGAUAUUUUCUACUGAACGUAAACCUAUAAAGAUAAAAAUACUUCUCGAAGAUGUCGACACAGAAAAACUUCCCAAGAUUUUAAACUUUAUAAAACGAUGCACAGAUAACAUUCCACCUUAUUUGGAUGAAUUGAGUAAUAAGAUUUUGGCAAAACGUGACGUAUCUAAAGCCAAAAAGCUUGUUCCAAUAUGUGGAGCGCUUCUAUCGUUAGGCUACUGUCCCGAUUUCUAUGAUUGUCUGAAUCGACAUAAAGUUUUGAAAGAGUACGAUCAACCGACUAAUUGGAUACCAAAAAUCGGUACAGUUACAUUCAAAAUCCUUCAUUAUCACACAGCAACAUCAUAUUCCGUAAGACUUUUGUCUCAUGUUGAGAAAAAUGAAGAAAUAAAGUUCCCAAAAACAUACAAUACUCUGUCUUUAAAACUAGGCAUGUAUUAUGGAAAAGCAUCAAACAGGAAACUUCACGGUAUACCAAAAGUGGGUGAUAUAUGCGCUGUAGCCGUGAAAUAUAAUUUAUUUGCGAGAUGUCAAGUUGUUAAAAUUUUAAAUACAUAUCAAAGAGGCAAUCCGAAUUAUGUAUUGAUUAAUUUAUUAGACGAAGAAAAAUAUGAACGCUCUAGGGAUAUACAUCUGUAUCAUUUACCAAAAGAUUUCAGAGAAAUCAAUACGUAUGUAGUACAAGUUCGUUUAGCAAAUGUGCAACCUAAAGACAAAGAUGUGACGUUCUCGAAUCUCGCAAAAGAUCAUGUAAAAAGUGUAGUUAAUGCUGAAGAGGAUAUCUAUGUAAGAAGUAAUAUUGUAGGUGUAAUUGGCAAUUGUAUAUUUGUUGAUACAUUAGAAGCGUGUCAAGAAUUAUCGUCUCUCGAUGAAAUUGUUGUUAAGCACAAUUUAAAACGCGAAUUACUGGAAAAACAUGCAGAGGAUAAUCCCGAUCAUAUAACUAAGCUGAAAGAAUUAUGCCCCGAAAAUGAUUUGACAAUGACUCCGGAGAAGGAAGUAGUUGUUGAAAUAAAGAAAUCUAAGAAAAAAGUUGCCGUAGAUUGGGCCCAUUUAGAUAAAGAUGAAGUAACAGGGGUCUAUGUGUCUUAUAUAAUCAGUCCAGAUCAAUUCUUUGUGCGAUUGGCCAAAUUCGAACCUUGCAUGAAACUUUUAUUAAUGGAUAUUAAAAAACAUAUCGAAAGCAGACUUGAGCCGUUAGAAAAUAUAGAAGUAGGUGAUAUAGUUAUUGCGAAAUUCCCAGAAGACGAUACUCACGAGAGAGCCAGAGUUGAUGGCAUUGAAAAAGACUCAAUAAACUGCUUCUUUGUUGAUCAAGGCGAUUGGGGAAUGGUUGCUUCGAAAGACGUGUUUCCUAUAACAAAUAAACUCAUUAGUCAAUUGCCUUUCCAAUCCAUUGAGUGUCGUCUUAUAGGUGUCAAGCCUCCAGGAAAUUCAUGGACUGAUUUCUGUAUCAAUUGGCUAUCCAAUUACUCUGAGGAGGGAACAAAACAUUUAUAUGCUAAAUAUUUCCUCAAAGAACCAGCUGAAAUUACGGGCGCAAAUAAGUACGCUAUUGCUCUUAUUGAUACGAACACAGACAAUGACGUCAUUGUUAACCAAUUAAUGAUGGAUCUGAAUCUUGCUCAGAAAGUUGAGGAAGAAAUAACGUACUUGAAUAGUGUUAUAGCUACGAAACCAGAAGAAACCGAAGUUAAUAAUGAAGAAGAAUGGACAAAUUUAUCGCAAAGUGUAGGUAGUAGUGUAAAAAGUGAGGACUUUCAAAAAGUUUCACUAUCAAAGGUUUUCCUACCUCAACCAAAGCGCUCCGUACCUUUAGUUGACUCUGACUGUGAAUCAGAUACUUCAGACAAGUGGGAAGUAUUUAAUCCUAAAGAUUUAUUGGCUACUUUUGUGCCACAAAUAAAAGCUAUGACUAAAACAAAUGAGAUACCAGCUAUUUCUGCUAAUAAUGUAAAACCUAAUCCAGUAGAAAGUUUUGGUGAACGUUCACAAGCGAAAGAAAAGGAUUUGGAUUCUGACGAUACAAUGACGGACACACCUGUAAAUUCAUCAUUAAAUGAGAACAAUUUGACAAUCAUCGACCAAACUCGAAAACCGAAAUUGACUUGGCGACAAAAUAAAACAACUGUAAGCGUUAAAAUACAAUUAAUAGGCGUUGAGGAUUAUGAACUGGUUAUCGAAGAUAGAGCUUUGAAAUUCAAGACCAUUAUUCACGAUACAAACUACUGUUUCAAUUUUGAAUUAUACGCGGUGGUUGAAAAGAAGAAAUGUUCUCAUUCGAACAAGGGGCAGUAUAUUUUGGUGAAACUGACGAAAGUUUUGCAGAAAAACUGGAUGACGCUAACCAAAGACCCUGAAAUUAAGAAAUGGAUUGUGUAUGAUGUUGAUGGUCUGGAGGCGUCGUCUGAUGAAGAAGUAUUAGAUGAUUCUCUGGUCAAAAUUGCGAAGGAAAUGCAUUAUAAACAUGAGUCUGAGAGUGACGAUGAUGAUUUCGUUGAUGAUGUUAAUCUAUACUAAUAUUAUAAAGCUGAAGAGUUUGUUUGUUUGUUUGAACGCGCUAAUCUCGGGAACUACUGGUCCGAUUUAAAAA